GAAAAAGAAGCACUGGAAAUAUUCUUCGACUAACCGAAAGAUGCUGCGCACUGAACGUUUGCGUGCCGGACUGCGGGUAGGAACUAAAUAUCUAGGUCAUCGUUGUCUCACUUAAUAGAGUCCCCCUGAGGAGAAGGAAGCGGAGCCCGUCUAGACAUACCGUAACUAUGGAAUUGGGAAAAAUGGCCUUCACAAAUGUCAACUCUUUAAUUUAUGAGCAAUAGAUAGAAAACGGAUAUAUGUGAUUAGAUUAAAAGGAAUCAGGCGUGGGACGUUUCUUUCAGGACGAACUGGAUUUUUUCCCCGUGGCUAAUUGACUAACGUAUUAAAAUGAUCCAUCAUCCCCAUUAGGCAGCUGUUUGAUAAUAGCAAAGUUUACUGGAAAUAAAAUUUUGUAACAUGACUUCUACAAUCGAGGAAAAAGAGCUUCAGGAGAGACUGAGAGAAGCUGCUGCUCUGGGGGAUAUUGAAGAAGUUCAGCGAUUAGUGGAAUUUGGAGUGAGUGUGAACUCUCAAAAUGAAAUUAAUGGCUGGACUUGCUUGCAUUGGGCCUGCAAACGGAACCAUGCUCAGGUGGUAUCAUACCUGCUAGAUGCUGGCGCUGAUAAGGAAAUUCUCACAGUUAAAGAAGAAAGACCAGGCCAGUUAACAUCAAAGAGGGAAAUUAGGAAGAUGCUGGGAGUGGAAGAUGCUGAUGAGCUUCUGGAUGUGAAGAAAGAGUCAUCCUUACCCAUUAUCCCCAACUACUUGGCUAACCCACCUUUCCCUUACGUUUAUACCUCCAUGAGUAGCACUGCUAACAGCACCUCAGCUUCCUCUUUGAAUGGAAGACUUUCCCCUUCUUUAGAACAGCACAAUGAGGACUGUUCUACUUCUUUACCUCAAGUUCAGGCACCUGGCACUGCCAUGUCACAACACGAAAAGGCUUCCUCUAUAGGGUCCCAUGGGGAGAUGCGCAGAGAAAAGGCUGUUGAAUGCCUCGAGCCUGUCCAGAAUGGGCAUGUUUGCCAGGUGCCUGUCUCUCCAGGUAGGACACUGUCUUCCCCAGCUGGAAAUAAACCACCUGAAAUUCAGCAAGCCAAUGGCUCUUGUGCCGGACCUGUUCCAACGUUCCAGCCCUUUUUCUUCACUGGAGCAUUUCCUUUUAGUAGUAUGCAAGAACUGGUGCUGAAGGUCAGAGUUCAAAACCGUACUCUUAAAGAGAAUGAUUUCAUUGAAAUUGAAUUGGACCGCCAAGAGCUGACUUACAAGGAACUGCUCCGAGUGAGCUGCUGUGAAUUGGGGGUUAACCCAGAACAUGUGGAGAAGAUAAGGAAGCUUCCCAAUACUGUAUUAAGGAAGGACAAAGAUGUCUCAAGGCUUCAGGAUUUCCAAGAAUUGGAGCUGGUUCUAUCAAUGAGUGACAAUGACUUUCUCUUUAGAAAUGCUGCACCAACUUUGACUGAAAGGCCUUGUUAUAAUAAGAAAGCAUCAAAGCUGACUUACUAAUUGCUCAAAUGAAAUACCUAUCACUAACAUUUAAAUGUUGAACCUAGGAUUUUGCAAGGGCUAUAACCUCAAAUUCUUCUUUACCUUAGCAGACAAAGUUAAACUAAUUUAGCAUUCUUACUUGAGAGCAAGUUCAACCAAAAGCAGUUGGACUUUUUUCUAGUCAGGUGUGCUGAGGAUAAGGUUGUCACACAGUAGUACCUGUAGCUAAUCAUUAAGUAAACUGGCAGUGAAAUGAUAUACUAGGAUUGGAUCCUAAGCAGUGACAAAAUACUGUCUCUCCAUGCAGCAGUGUUUCUUGCAAGGGAAUGAUUUCUUCUCAGAAUACUGCAGAGUUAGAAGCUCUCAGGGAAAGACCGAAAUUAAAUUGUUGUAGUAAUUGCUACUUAUUAAAAGGAGCAGGCACACUAAGGUUGAAGGACAGAACCUGGAACACAUUUAAUGCUUGUAAUGGGAUGCUUAACAGUCAAAGAUUUCUGGUAUGUCUAACUAGAGCCAAAUGUGCUUUUUGAAAGGAGCAUAAGCUGUUUUUACAGGGAGAACAAAAAGAGGAAGGACAAACCUGCACUUUCAAAAAAUAACUAUGCCAGUGUAGUGUAUCUGGCCAAUUUCCGUGUUAUGCUAAUACAACAUCCUUUGGAAACAGUAUAUUGCAAAUGUGUCAGAUAUUACCCAUUGCGGUGCAGCUGAUGUUAGAGGAAAGCCUCUCCCCACUAGCCUCACUGCUACUACUGGGACAAAGUGGCAAUAAAGUCCCAGAAGGGUGGAGGACUAUACAAUCCUUUGCCUUCCCUUUUGAUGGUGCAUUGGAUGCUGCUCAGACCAGUUCCAGAUGCUUGGUCUUUUUAGGAACAAGGUUGGAUUUUUGGCAGAAGCACAAGAGUUUUUUGGCUGGUGUAAAAUUCUCUCCAGGCAAUUAAACGGGCUGUGAUUUUUUCAGCUUGGUGCUCAGAUCAAAUAUUUGAACGUAGUUCCCCAUACCACAAAUAUGGAGCAGAUCAAAACUGCUAGGCUGCAUGUGACUAACUUAUGAAUGAUUAUCAGUAAACAAUGCAGAUUGGUUGGUGAUCUCUAAUCCUGUUUCAGGUUUUUAACUUUGUUUUUGGUUAAGCUUUAAGGGGUUUUCUGAAGGAUGAUUAAGAUGGCAGCUUUGCUCUACAGUCACAUGUGAAAUGAGCACAAUACCCCUUAGCCGCUAGCCUUUAUUUUCUUUUUUCCUUUAGUCUUGGAAGUUUUACUUGUUUAAAGGAAAGUCAUCUUGUAGCAUUUUAAGUGGCAGAUUAUUUUUUAAUACCAAGAUAGGUAAGAUAAAAUCUUGGGAUUGCUAAGCCUUGUUUACUAGAGUUACUUGCAUUUCAUAUAGGCAUGUCCAGCUUUUCAUCAUCGUGCAGGUUCCUGUUCUGUAUAACUACUCUGUAACAAACUAGAAUAAACAAAUCCAGAAAAGCAUGGAAUAUAAUAAUGCUCUUGAAUAAUAAAUAAUCUACCUAGUUUUAA